AUGAACAAUUCAUUGAGAAACUCUCGUUCCAAAUUUGUAUAUUCGUCGCCCAGUGUUAUUUGCUUUGUUCUUAUUCGCAUUUGCGUAACUCACCACACUGUACAGUCAGGUGAAGAGAGACUGAGAAAUAGAAAUGCCGUGCGAAUUGUUUUUUCGCCACUACUGCGAUUUGCAGUAAAUAAUUUUGAAAUGUUUGAGAAUCAAGAUAUUUACACGGGGAGAAAAAUUAUUUGGUUAAAAUUACGGAGCAGUUACGCACUUUUUCAAUUGAAUAUAUUUCCUUUCCCUCUCAAACAUCUCCUCCCCCCCGAAAUCUCCAUCAAACAUUCACUAGAGGGCGAUCCCUGUCGAUCGUUGAAUAUUAACGAAUCUAGCAAAUACCUCGGCAAUAUUAGAAAUUACCCCGAUACAUGUACAGCCAGGGCACUUUAUACCAAAGUGAGAAGGAAAGUGUGUAAACGAGUGAGUCAGAAAGUGAAUAUUGUAUACGACAGAGAGCAAAAGGGUUGGGCCAAUGUUGAAGUGUGUGGUAGACGACGAGGGCCGCUACAUAUACACAAAGAGUUACUAUAUACACUGAGCGUGUGCUGUUUUAUGGAUUGCGUGAAUAGUUACGGAAUUUUCACUCAAUAUUUUUCUCGGCGUGCCUCGUUAACCACAAUCGAAAAAACUAUUGAAAAACAAAAAGAAGAACCUGGCAGCACUCGCGACGACCCCUCAUUGGUGGAGAAUUAUUCUCCACAAAUUCUCCCGAUUAAGGAGACUCAUUCUGGAGUUUGCACAUUAAAAUACGUCACUCUGACGUCCCAAUCAAUCAGCACAUCAGCUCCAAUUAAUCAUCAGACAUGCAAAAGCUCGCCGAGCCAAUUUUUCGCCACUGUUACAACCUCCAUAGCCACUCAUUUUCUCAGUCCUAUUUCUACAUUUCCACCCCCUGCGGAGGGAGGAGAGGGCCCUUCCCCCCUCUUUUUUAAUAACCUAAUGGCUCUUACGCGGUACAUUAUUCUCGUCCCGUUCCAUCAGCGCAACCCCUUUUUCUCAUGUACACCAACUGAAAAAUAUUUUUCAUGCAUUUUUGGAGAUUUAUCAUCAGAUGAUUCUAAGGAGGCGCAUUUAGGUUCCAGAGGUUCUGUUUCACUCUUCACUACUUCGAUAAAUGCGAGUAUCCCUCAACAAAAGCCAUCGUCCAGUGAGAAUCGAUUUCUGAGCAUCUGCUUAUUCUCUCUUAAAAGAAAUCUUUCUCCUCAUCCACGAAGCACCGAGAUCUCCAUAGCCGAGAAGAAGGCCCGGGUGAAAUCAAGUGUGGAAGAUGACAUCAACAGUCCAGCUUUGGACAACUUUUUGAAAAAUGUUCUGAGGGCCAAGGAUGAAUUAAAAUCAAUCGACAGGACUAUUAAUCCCGGUAGCUACAGAACACGAAGCAGCAAGAGACGACUCCUCUGGUCAAAGCACGGUCACAGGAGACGUGCCGCGAUAAGAGAUUAUAGGGGUGAUAAAGAUGCCGAUGGAAUUGGGGAUAGGAGUGCAGCUAAUGAGGUGGAUAUUGAGACGAUUCUGGGUGACCUGGGAUUCUCCGGUGAAAACUCACCAGCGAGGAAUCUCGGGAAGAAUAUGAAGGUUGAAAGGAGACGUUAUCCAAUUUCCGAUUUAACUGGUAGUGGUAUCAUUGAGUACUAUGAUUACGAGGGAGAUAUGGGAAAACGAGACUCAAUGAAUUCUAUCAAUGCGAGUGGUAGUACUACAAUGAUAAAUAUGAUGGAGACGAUAAAAAAAGAAGUUCCUACUGUAAUGCAAAACGCAGACAAUACCACACUUCCUUACCCUCGUCAAGAAUUCCUCAGCGCUGAAGUUCGUCCUGAGGAUAAAAAAUUCAUCGUAGAUCUCGACGAUCAGGCGAGUGAGAAUCGCGAGGACAGGGAUAUGGAGGUCUCUAAUGAUCUGGAUGGUGAUACGGUUGGACGUGAGGCUCGAUGUCACAGGGAUGAAGAGGAUGGGGGGAAUGGAAUGCUCCUUCACUCGCAUUUUUUAGAGAUUCAAGAGUACGAGAUCAUUCCUGGAAGGACUAAUGCACUUGGUGAAUCAAAUAUACGAUCUCCAAAAGCUUCAAAUCCCCGUCAAACGUUCUUCGUAAUAUCCCCAGUAAACUCCCCCAAAGACAACAGUUCAUCCUCAUCAGGAAGUGAUUAUCAGGCUUUGAAGGUCAUUGAUGAUAUGUUUAAAGGAGGAGUCGAGCAGGGAAAUUCAUUGGACAACUCCCCCAACGUUUUCUUCCCUAAUGCGAAUGAAAUUCAGAAUGAUAAACACUGGAAAUCCCUCCAGGAAGAGGACCAGAAGGCCGCAAAUCAGGGGAACCUCAAGUUAAUUCGCAACGGCGAAACUCCCUUUGAAAUUCAUCGUGAACCCAUAAACAAAGAGACAUCAACCCCGAGUAAACAGUCAAGGGGAAAGCGUUCGAGCGAAUUUGGCCCAAUAAUGCGUUAUGAGUCGAUAGUGGAGCCCUAUAACUGGCCGUGGCAGGAUUAUGACAGCCGGGAAAACACAAAGAUGGGAUUUGGUAGAGAACUUAUGCAAGCAUUCGAGACAAACUCUGAGAUAAGUGAGUUCACAAGUAGCGAGAGAAUACCGCCCGACGGGUUUUCAAGAAGUGUAACCAGACACCGUGACACUAACCAGAAUUUCAAAGAAUUCUGGCAUUCGAGGGCACUCACUUAUCUCCAUAGAAGGAGCAGGCCGUAUUUCAAAGGGAAACAAAAAUUUUUUAAAAAUCGUUCAACUCAGCUUGAUACGAUGAAAAGAGUGAAACGAAGUACGAAUAGAGGGACUCGAGUGGGCAGACUUGUGGGGGAUGAUUAUUCAAAGGAUGUGGAUCAAAUGGGACACGCGGUGAGGGGCGAUCUCGCGGCUAAAAUUGUGGAUAAAAUUUUUGAACAAGUUCAUAAAAAUGAGCCCUUAAAGACUCGCCUAGGCCCAGGUUUAACCCGUCGCAAUAAACCCGGCUCACUUCCCCCCGCGAUACCCGGACCCAGUGAUCCUGAAGAGAUAAAACGUACCGAAGAGAUAAUGAAGAAGGUCAUGGAGCUUUUGGGUCACCUCGUGUCUAGCGAAGUUCAUCAUAAGACUUGCACAAAGUUACCACCACAUUUGCAUGAAUUUUUGGUGUGGAUGGUUGGAGAUGAGAAGCCAUAUGAUAGUCAGAGAACAACAGGCCAGCCAGUUGUCCACCCACAGAAUCAGCCGGUGGAGAAUUCUAAGCCGGAGACAUUCCAGUCAUCAAGCAGUCAACAGCCCGAGACCCAGACACCGCUGUCCACUGAUCUCUACCGAAAAGUUCGCUUAUUAAAAGGUCUGAUAAAAGAAUAUCUCGCACUCAGCGACAAGGAACAGACGAAGGUGCAGGCAGUGCACGAUUACCUCGAACGGCAAUUGCACUUGCUUCUGAAAUACAUCGAAUCAAAGGAGAAAGCAAAACCUCAAUCAGCAUCGCCGAAAAAACGCUCAGGCAGUCCUCUCCAUUCCCACCCUUUUGCCUCCCAGCUCUACCACGAUGACGAUGAAUUGCAGGAUUUACCCCUCAAAGCUGAGAGCUAUCAAAACCGGAGGCGAAGACAAGUGAAGAAAAGACGGAAGAAAAAAAAAUACAAGGCACAUAAUCACAAGAAAAACAAACACGGAAAAAAAACCCCUCAUCACAAAGACCAGCAUUUCCGGAGUAAACGAUCAAUAGCUCAAGCUAAUUACUUACCCUGGGAGGUGCCAAGAAUCUUAGAUGCUAAUCCCAAGUUCUUGAGUAAUGUGUCAUCAUUUGCCGAUGAUCAUCUGACGAUGAGCCCAGUCUUCUCCAAAGCUUGGAUAUCCUCAAUAAAAGAUGAUGAGUUGAAGAUUCUUUUCGAAGGACCACAAACAAGCAAAGGAGUUGAUAAAUUCUCUGUCAAGUCUUCCAAAACUCCUCCACCAACUCUCCCAACAUCUUCAGCAUCCCCAACACUUAGCACAGUCUCAAAAAUUCAUUCACCUGAAUUAAUAACUGCACGCAAUAGCAGUAUCACUGCUGCCUCAUUACUCCCGAAAGAAAAUUCUGAACCAGAUAAUACUAUUGAAAAUAAAGGGGAUAACUCGGGAGCUCUCAACAGUCUCGAGAGCCGAAUAAACGUAUUUCCCGUUUCUCCGUGAGCUCCAUCUCAAGUCUAUCCUCCAUUAUUGUCUAACAUAAUCAUAACAGCAUUCGGAAAUAAGAUGAACACGAGAGGGAAUGAUGAUCAUGAGGAGAGCAAACAGAAAAAAAUCACCUAAUCAUAGAACGCAUUGAUCAAUAACUCAAGCUAAUGAUUUUCCUGGGAAGAUUUCAACAACGUUCCUGAUGAGGAAUAGGUCAUCAUUCACUGAUGAUCAUAUGAUGAUGGGUUCCUCUUUUUUAGAGCCUGAAGACCCUCAAGAAAGGAUGAGUUGAGGAUUUUUUUUUGAAGGCUGACAAAUAGGCGAAGGGGUUAAUAAAUUCUCCAUCAAGCUUUUCCAAACUCCACCAACGCUGCCAACAUCUUCAGGACCACUAACACUUGGCAUAGUCUCAAAUAUUCAUCCCUUGAAUUAAUAACUGUAAAAAAAUAGCAGUAUCAUUGCUGCCUCAUUAGUCUGUGAAGAAAAUUCUGGCAAAAUUCGUAUCGUGGAAAAAAAGAACAACUCAGUAAACAGUUUUGAGAGCCGAUAAAUUGAUUCCCCCAAUCCCCAUCCUUCUUUCCAACUCUAUUUUACAUAAUUAAAGUCUUAAAUAAUUAUAAUAGCAUCCAGUUAUUCAAUAAAAUAAAUGAUAUUCGAAGUAUAGACCCAUUGGAUAAACUUUCUUAAAUGAGAUAGAUCGUAUAAUGGAACGAAGAAAGAAGGAAAACUUUUCAGAGAAAGGCAAAUCUUGGCCAACUUUAACGGUAAACGUGAGCUAACAGCGGAAAAUACCAUGGACAAAUAAAAAAAAAAAACACACCCCCAGAGUGAAGUUGGAGGCCAAUUAAAAUCACGAAAUCGUAGUCUCGGUUUAUACAGGGAUGAGCAAGCCUAUGCAAGGAUGUUAUUACUUAUUCGCCGUAGUUUUAAAUUCUACUUUAUUUUUAUUUAAAUUCCAGUGAGCGCAUCUGCGUUCGGUUCGCGCCCCUAUUUUUUUUUGCUUUUUCUCAUUUCCUUCUGCCUUUUUUCAACCCUAUUUUUACGGUUUUUCAUUCUUUUAUCCAUUUUGUCGUUAUCUCUUAUACUUUUACUGGGCUGUCCAUUGAUACAAUGGUAAACAUAUCUAAAGAUAGUUGAGUUACAUAGAAUUUAUAAUUAUUCAAUGCAUUUAGAAAAGACUUACUCAUUGUGUAUAAAUUUGUAGUUUGGAGCAAAAAUCAAUGGAAUAGUGAAAGUCCAGUUUAAAUGUUCCAUAAAAACGCACUAAAAUUUAAACAAAUAAGAUAUAUACAUUUCCCAGAUUUUAAUUAAUUAUUCUGAAAUAUUUCGAAACAAAACGAGAAAUGAUAUCAUGUUUUCCAAAUUCCCAGCGUAUCCUCAUUUCUCUGUCUUUUUUUCCCUUUCCGUUUCGCCAUUUUUUUAUUCUUUCAUCCAUUUUGUCUUUAUCUCCUGUACUUUUACUGGGCUGUACAUUAAUGUAACGGUAGAUCUGAGCAUUCGCUGGAGGAAGAGGAAAAAGAGACUGGGAGGUUUGUGGAUGCCGCCUGGUAUUUUUACAUAACAUUAAGUUGUCCGGGGGGUUGCUGAGGGUUCGUGUGUAACACCGUAAACCCUAUUCCACCCUUGUAAAAUGUAAAAGAGAGACUAAGAGAGAAAACGUACGAGAAAGAAAAUGAUACUUUGAAGGUAAAGUGCUGGGGUGUAAGAGAGAGGAGAAGGGCGAACGCCCCUGGGUCACUAAUGGAGGUUAAAACGUGCAAGAGGUGAGGAGGGAGGAAAAGAGGAAAACUAGAAGUGAGGAAACGCUUCUCGCGUCUCGAUCGCCGCGAAACAGUUGCACAUCCGGUGCACGGAGGCUUUCAACCCCUCUUUCAUAUAACACUGUUAUAUAUGUUAUCCCCUUCCUCUGGCCCACUCCACCCUUUGACUUUUCAACAGGCAUCUGUCGAUGUGAUAUUUGCAUAUAUUUGUAAAUUGGCGUGAUGGAAUUCUUCCAAAAACAAGGAAAAAACACCAUAAAUUAUAAUGAAUGAAUAAAAUCGAAAUUUGGGGGAAAUGAAAUAUUGCGGAAGCAUCAAUUUUGGUUCAGCGCUAAGAAGUUCGUAUUCUCUAAUUGUAUUCUCUGCAGAGCAAUAAAUUAGAGGCGAGAAGAGAAAAAGUUGCGUAAUUGGGGAGCAACAAUGAAUGUCCGAUAAAAAUGAAUAAAACUUCUGUAAAGAGUCCGAAAUGUUUCGCAUUUUUUAUUAACCUAUUUCCCUCCUUAUGACAAUGACAAAUUCCGCUGCCAAAGGCUUUAAACAAUCGACUAUAAUUCCCCUCAUUAUCAUCUCAAUUCCU